CAAAGCCCAAGUUUAACUAACAGCUUAAAUUCGGAAAGCUCUUCUGCCCCUCCUCCGACUCUCAUACUUUCCAUCAACCAAUUCUUUUGCAACCCAUUGUAAUUCCCACCACACUCUCGGGAAUCUUCAGCGCGCGUUUCUUUUCUGCCCAUCAACACAGCAUUCCAAGUAAGAAAAGCGCACACAGACAAGAUGGCUCCCGCAGUCGGUAUCGACUUGGGCACGACCUACUCGUGUGUCGGUGUCUUCCGUGAGGAUCGUUGUGAAAUUAUCGCCAAUGACCAGGGUAACCGGACAACUCCUUCGUUCGUUGCCUUCACCGACACCGAGCGUCUCAUUGGAGAUGCGGCGAAGAACCAGGUCGCCAUGAACCCGCAUAACACAGUGUUUGACGCCAAGCGUCUGAUCGGCCGCAAGUUCAACGACCCUGAGGUUCAGGCCGACAUGAAGCACUUCCCCUUCAAGGUCAUCGACCGCAACGGCAAGCCUCACAUUGAGGUUGAGUUCAAGGGCGAGAAGAAGGUCUUCACUCCUGAGGAGAUCUCGUCCAUGGUCCUGACCAAGAUGCGUGAGACUGCUGAGUCUUACCUUGGCGGCACUGUCAACAAUGCUGUCGUUACGGUUCCUGCCUACUUCAACGACUCGCAGCGUCAGGCCACCAAGGAUGCCGGUCUCAUUGCCGGCCUCAACGUCCUCCGUAUCAUCAACGAGCCCACUGCGGCUGCUAUUGCGUACGGUCUCGACAAGAAGGUUGAGGGCGAGCGCAAUGUUCUGAUCUUCGAUCUUGGUGGUGGUACGUUCGAUGUUUCCCUCCUGACCAUUGAGGAGGGUAUCUUCGAGGUCAAGUCGACCGCUGGUGAUACUCACUUGGGUGGUGAGGACUUCGACAACCGCCUUGUGAACCACUUCGUUGCGGAGUUCAAGCGCAAGCAUAAGAAGGAUCUUUCUACUAACGCGCGUGCUCUCCGCCGCCUGCGUACUGCUUGCGAGCGUGCCAAGCGCACCCUCUCGUCCUCAGCACAGACCUCGAUUGAGAUCGACUCUCUCUUCGAGGGUAUCGACUUCUACACCUCGAUCACCCGUGCCCGUUUCGAGGAGCUGUGCCAGGAUCUCUUCCGGUCCACUCUCCAGCCUGUGGACCGUGUCCUGACGGAUGCGAAGAUCGACAAGUCUCAGGUCCACGAGAUCGUGCUCGUCGGUGGCUCGACCCGUAUUCCCCGCAUCCAGAAGCUCAUCACCGACUACUUCAACGGCAAGGAGCCCAACAAGUCCAUCAACCCCGAUGAGGCCGUUGCCUACGGUGCUGCCGUCCAGGCUGCUAUCUUGUCUGGUGACACUUCUUCCAAGUCGACCAACGAGAUUCUCCUUCUCGACGUCGCCCCCCUGUCGCUCGGUAUCGAGACCGCUGGUGGCAUGAUGACCAAGCUCAUCCCGCGCAACACUACCAUCCCCACCAAGAAGUCCGAGGUCUUCUCGACCUUCUCCGACAACCAGCCUGGUGUGCUCAUCCAGGUUUACGAGGGUGAGCGUCAGCGCACCAAGGACAACAACUUGCUCGGCAAGUUCGAACUUACCGGCAUUCCGCCCGCUCCUCGUGGUGUCCCCCAGAUUGAGGUCACCUUCGACCUUGAUGCCAACGGUAUCAUGAACGUCUCGGCUCUCGAGAAGGGCACCGGCAAGACGAACCACAUUGUCAUCACCAACGACAAGGGCCGUCUGUCCAAGGAGGAGAUCGAGCGCAUGCUGGCUGAGGCUGAGAAGUUCAAGGAGGAGGAUGAGGCCGAGGCCCGCCGUGUCUCUGCCAAGAACGGCCUCGAGUCGUACGCCUACUCGCUGCGCAACACGCUCAGCGACUCCAAGGUCGAUGAGAAGCUCGACCAGGCCGACAAGGACACGCUCCGCACCGAGAUCGACAAGAUCGUCUCCUGGCUCGAUGAGAACCAGCAGGCUACUCGCGAGGAGUACGAGGAGCACCAGAAGGAGCUCGAGGCUAUUGCCAACCCCAUCAUGAUGAAAUUUUAUGGUGCGGGUGGUGCUCCUGGCGGCAUGCCCGGCGGCAUGCCUGGUGGCGCUCCUGGCGGUUUCCCUGGCGCGGGUGGUGCUCCCGGCCAUGACAACGAUGGCCCGACCGUCGAGGAGGUUGACUAAGCUGGUUGUUGAUGGGGGACUUUGGCGUUUCUGCUUUUUCCGCUAGUAGAUUGGAUCCGCGUCGAUAAGCCGUGAGAUGCGUUCUCUUGGGAUGCGGAGUAUCUCGGGUAUGCGGUAACACCUAGAUCUGGUUGGUUUCUCUUUCAUGAUCAUGAUACAGGGGAAAAGUCAGGUCGGCGGCAUGGGUUGUACUUUAGUUACGAUUCCCGUUUCCUUGCAAUGAAGGACAUUUUCACA